AUGGCAGGUUGGAAUCAUACAAGUGUGAAGGAAUUUCUUCUGGUAGGAUUAACUGAAAACCCCAAUUUGAAAAUCCCUUUAUUUUUGCUUUUCACUCUAAUUUAUGUCAUCACCCUGGUAGGUAAUUGGGGGAUGAUUGUCUUGAUCUGGUUGAAUGUCCAUCUCCACACUCCAAUGUACUUCUUUCUUAGCAAUCUCUCCUUUUGUGAUAUCUGCUACUCCACUGUCUUCGCUCCUAAGAUGCUGGUCAAUUUCCUAUCCAAACAGAAGUCCAGUACAUUUUUUGGCUGUGUUCUACAGAGUUUCUUUUUUGCAGUGUACAUAACCACGGAAGGCAUCCUCCUGUCUGUGAUGGCUUAUGACCGUUAUGUGGCAAUCGCCAACCCCCUGUUGUAUAAAGUCAUUAUGACCCAAUGCGUUUGUACUUCCAUGGUCCUUGCAUCUUACCUGGGUGGGCUCAUCAACUCCCUGACACACACAAUAGGUUUGCUCAAACUCGACUUCUGUGGUCCUCACACUGUGAACCAUUUUUUCUGUGACAUCCCCCCUCUUUUGAAGCUUUCGUGCUCUGAUGCUCAUAAUAAUGAAAUGCUGCUUUUGAUCUUCUCUGGGGUCAUUGCAAUGUUCACUUUCAUCAUCAUCAUGGUCUCUUACACCCGCAUCAUCAUCGCCAUCCAGAGAAUUCGCUCUGCUGAAGGGAGGCGGAAAGCCUUCUCCACUUGUGUUUCCCACCUGACUGCUGUGACCUUGUUCUAUGGCUCUGUGACUUUUAGCUACAUUCAGCCAAGCUCUCAGUAUUCCUUGGAACAGGAAAAGAUCUCUGCUGUGUUUUAUACCUUGGUGAUUCCUAUGCUAAACCCUCUGAUUUACAGCCUGAGGAAUAAAGACGUGAAAGACGCAGCAAAAAAGUCACUUUGGUGGAAGUGA